CGAUUACCAAGCUUGCCCUGAAUUCCCUUCUUUCUCCUCCAAAGCUUCAUAAAUCUCUGAGAGCAUCUGGGUGGCCGAAAAUGGAGUCCAAGAGAAGUGUCAUUUCUUCUGCAUUCUUUUUCUUCAACAAGUUUAGCCGGAGAAGACUAUCUGUGUCGUCGUCUCCUCUCAUGCCCGUCAAAAUGGCAGCUGAAACUGAAUCGCGUUCAUUCCGGAUAUGAUAUUAGUUCAGUGCAUGAUUUAGACCACGCCCAUGAACUGUUCGAUCAAAUGCUUAGCUCAAGACCAUUGCCUUGUAUCAUUCUGUUCAACAGACUGCUCAGUAGAAUUGUGAAAAUGAAACAUUAUUCAGCUGUUGUUUGCAUUUUUAAAGAAAUGCUCAUUCGGGGCAUCCCCAUCGACACUUACACCCUUAACAUUCUGAUUGAUGCCUUCUGUCGCGCCAAUCGGGUGGAUUGCGGGUUUUGUGUGAUUGGGAUGUUCUUCAAGUGUGGAAUUGAUUUCAGUUCGGUGACAUACAAUACCCUGAUCAAAACUCUAUGUCUGAAGGAUAAGAUUGCGGAGGCUGUAGAGCUAUUUAGGAUGUUUGUGCGGGACAAUUCGUGUGAAGUUGAUAAUUUAACUUGUAACAUUCUUAUGAAUGGACUUUGCAAGGCGGGUAAUACUCAAACUGCCCUUGAUUUGCUCGCGGUAUUGCAAAAGGAGGGGCCUAAGCCUGAUAACAUAGCAUAUAACACGGUAAUUGAUUCUCUCUGCAAAGACGGAAUGGUGGAUCAGGCUCUUGACCUUCUCCCUCAGAUGACAGAAAGAGGGGUUUUCCCUAACAUCGUCACGUACACUUCGUUGAUACAAGGCCUUUGCCAUUUUUGCCGAUGGAAAGAUGUUACAAAGUUGAUUGAUGAGAUGGCGCGGCAUAAUGUAUACCCAAAUACCCGUACGUUCAAUAUAUUAGUGGGUGCCUUUUGCAAGGAGGGGAAGUUGAAAGAUGCAAAAAGUGUUGUUCAAAUCAUGAUUCAGAGGAACACUUACCCUGACGUGAUCACGUACAACAAUCUAAUCGAGGGGUAUUUUUUGCAAGGGCAGAUGGAUGAAGCUAGGAGAGCCUUUGACCAGAUGGUAGAGGAAGGCAUUCAACCUGAUCGCGCAAGCUACACCACAUUAAUUACUGGGUAUUGCAAAAGAAAAGCAAUGGAUGAGGCCAUGCAUCUUUUUCUUGAAAUGCAAGAGAAAGGGAUUUGUCCUGAUGUUGUUACAUACACAGCAGUGUUGCAAGGGCUGUUUCUGGUGGGCCAAUUCGACGCUGCUUUGAAUAUUUUUCAAAAUAUGCAACUUUCUGGACAUGCACCUAAUUUUCACACUUACUGUGUCUUGCUUACCGGUUUGUGUGAUAACGGGCAUAUUGGGAAGGCCAUGUCAGUCUAUAGUAAGUUAAGUAGAAACGAGAGCGGUUCUCAUGUUUUUGGUAGUAUCAUUAUAGAUGGGCUUUGCAAGAUGGGGUUACUCAAUAUUGCACGCGGCAUAUUGAGUAACCUCUUCUUUAAAGGUCAAUACCUAAAUAAGUACACGUACACUGCGAUGAUGAAUGGACUUUGUCAAGGUGGAUUUGUACACAAAGCCUUAGAGCUUCUGAGGAGAAUGGGCGAGAUUGGAUGUGAGCCAGAUUCAAUCACUUACAAUGUUAUUUUGCAAGAAUUUGUUAGAGCGAAAAAACUGGACGAGGCAAGUAUGCUGUUGGAAGAAAUGUCCAAUAGGUGCAUUUCUCCAAACAAUCACACAUUGACCUUGAUGAAUGACUUGCUUGCAUUUGGAACAGAAAACGAAACAGUACCAAAGGUGAUCAAGAAAUUCACACAGAAUCUUUGAAUCUUUUUUUUGGCAGAUUCUCCUUCCUAAUGCAUAGACCAGCUUGCCACAAAAGCCAUGGCAGGUAACACUUCUCUUAUAUUCUCAAAGUAACAUUCUCAAACUACUAAAUGUAAUAUUAGUGCACCAAACUUUCCCGCCUUUAUGGCUCUCUACAAUAUUUGUGUCUCCGUUGCUAGUUUUAUUGUCUGUUCUUGUUUUCAACAAGGGUGUCUUUAAUCAGUUUUAUGUAUGAAAUGCCUUUUGUUGUGCCCUACAACAACAAAAGCCAAUAAUAUGGCUUAUGCUAU